AUGACAUCUCGUAGUAAUACUACAAAACUUUCUAAUUUAUCUGUUCAAUGGGAAUGGGAAGGAGAUAAAGGUGUUUGGCAACAAUAUCCAAUAGAUAUUCAACAAAAAAUUUCUGAAGCAUUCGAUAAUGACAAUAAUGAAGUUAUUGUUAAUCAAACAGAAGAGAUAAGUAUAUUAAUUAAAUUUCGUGAUAUGAUACAAAUAAAUCAAAAAUCAAAAUUUAUGCGUCGUAUACGUCUUUGUAUUGAAUUAAAAGAUAAAAAUGGUUUUUUUAUAUAUGAAUAUGAAAAUGAAAAUAAAAAAUGGUUUGCUUAUAAUGUUGAAAGAAUGAUUAAAAUAGCAAAUGCUAUUGAAAAUGAUCAAACAAUAUUAUCAAUCAAUUAUCAAAAUCAAUCAUAUGAUAUUGAUUUUGAUAAAUCAAUUGAAACAAAUUUAAAUACCAAAAUUAUUCGAAAAAUACAUUGUGUUAAAUCAAUGGCAAAAUUACCAUUGAAUGUAUCAACAAUAUCAAAUAAACGAUCAUUAGAUAAUGAUGAGAGUAUAGAAAAGAAUAAGAAAAAACGUGGUAUAUCAAAAUCUACUCCAAUAGAAAAAAGUGCAAUGCGUACUGUGACAACAGUUAUUGGAAAAGUUCCUGUUGAUUCUGAAUGUGUAUCAAUGUUAGGAAAAGCUCAUGUUUAUUGUGAAAAUAAUGAUGUAUUUGAUUGUAUGCUUAAUCAAACAAAUGUUGGAAAUAAUAAUAAUAAAUUUUAUUUAAUUCAAUUACUUGCAGAAAAUAAUUGUAAAAAAUAUUAUGUUUGGUUACGUUGGGGACGAGUUGGAUAUAAUGGACAAAAUAAUUUAGAACAUUACGGUUGUGAUUUAGAUGAAGCAAAAAGAUUUUUUUGUCAAAAAUUUAGUGAUAAAACAAAAAAUGAUUUUUAUUAUCGUAAUACGUUUACAAAAUAUCCUGGAAAAUAUGAUUAUGUUCAACUUGAUUAUAAUCCAUCGACAUCCGAAAAAGUUGAUGAAAACAAUAAAAAACAACUCGUAACUAUUGAACAAUUAAAAAGUUUACCUAUACCAGAAUCAAAACUUGAUAAACGUAUACAAAAUCUUAUUCAUUUAAUAUGUAACAUACAAGCUAUGGAAGAAGCAUUACUUGAAAUGAAAUUUGAUGCAAGAAAAAAUCCUCUCGGUAAAUUAAGUUCAACACAAAUUAAAGCAGGUUAUGGAGCAUUAAAAGAAAUUGAAACAUAUAUAAAAACAAAUAAAUUUAAUUCUGCAUUUAUUGAAGCAAAUAAUACUUAUUAUACUCGAAUUCCACAUGAAUUUGGUCGAAGUACUCCACCAUUAAUAAAAACAAUUCAACAAUUAAAACAUGAAAUUGAAUUACUUGAAGCACUUGAUGAUAUUGAAAUAGCAUUUACAACAUUAAAUAUAAAUACAAAUACACGUUUAAAUCCAAUUGAUCAACAUUAUGAACAAUUAAAAUGUAAAUUAUAUCCUAUUGAAAAACAUGAAGAUAUUUAUAUAUUAAUUGAUAAAUAUCUUCAAUCAACACAUGCAUCAACACAUCAACAAUAUAAAAUGGAAAUAGAACAUAUAUUUAAAGUUGAAAGAGAAAAUGAAGAUAAAUUAUUUAAAGAUGUUGGAAAUAAAAUGCUUCUUUGGCAUGGUUCACGUUUAACUAAUUUUGCAGGUAUUAUGAGUCAAGGUUUACGUAUUGCACCACCUGAAGCACCUGUAACUGGUUAUAUGUUUGGAAAAGGUUUAUAUUUUGCUGAUAUGAGUAGUAAAAGUGCUAAUUAUUGUUAUCCAACACCAAGUAAAAAUACUGGUCUUGUUCUUCUUACUGAAGUUUCACUUGGUAAAUGUCAUGAAUUACUUCAUGCUGAUAAUAAUGCUCAUCGAUUACCAGAAGGUUUAUCAAGUGUUAAAGGUCUUGGUUCAAUAGCACCUGAUUUAAAAAAUGCUGUUACAUUAGAUGAUGGUGUUGUUGUUCCUAUGGGUCCUGUUGAAUCAACUAAUGUAGUUAAUCCAAAAGGUUAUACACUUAAUUACAAUGAAUAUAUUGUCUAUGAUACAAAACAAGUUCGAAUACGAUAUUUAAUUAAAUUAAAAUUUUUAUUUAAAUAG